GGGUUCGAGGGAGGCAUUCCUGAAAUCCUAUUGGCCGAGAGUCCGUUAGGGUGACGUGACGCAGAUUGGAAUUCCUGAAGUUCCCAAGUUCCCAGAGACGAGAGAAGCGUCUUUUUUGGCGAAAUAAGUGUAUAUCUUUACCAGGAGUUGAGUCUAAAAGAAGCGGGGAUUGUGUCCAGAAAAAAAACCUGACGGUGUUGUCCCCACCUACUGUGCCAAGUCGAGCCAAAAGAGGGCGAUGUCGGAUAACAGCAACAGCACCGGCAGCAGUGGCUCCUCCACCAACAGCUGGACCCUCCUCUCCCCUGAGGAGGCGGCCGGCGAUAGCGUGGGCCCAGUGGAUGAUGGCACGGAAAGCCUGGGCGACGCCCCAAGCCUGUCUGAGGACAUGGCUGCAGGUGCUGCUAUGGAGUUCAAGCCAAGUGGCAUUCCAGUAGAAAGAGCCUUAUCAGAGGAAGGCCACCAGGUAUGUCAAGAGACCGCCCCAGAGUCCGGGGAGGGUCCCAUCCCUUCCAGUCCAAGCCCACCUCCGGCAGAAGUGGACACCGAGAGCCAGGCUCCUGUCAUUCACGACAUUGUGACGAGCUCGCCCAGCGACAACGAGCACAUGUCCGACGUGCCCUUUGUCUCUAGCAUCGAUUUCCUGGUGCCCCAGGACAUCUCCGCCACCGCUGUUGCUGAUGAGCUUGAGGGGACCCUGCUUGACACCCACCCAACAGAGAGGCCCAUUGCCGAUGAACCAAAGUCUGACGCCCGAGUCGAACCCGUUGAAGUCCCACAAGUAGACAUCCCCGCUGAAACCAUCACAGCUUCUGAGGCUCCCAGCUUUAUGGAAGCAGAAAGCCCUGCUGAUGAGGACCUUGUCCCGGAGACAGUUGGCCCUGUGGAGGAGGAUGUCAAGAUGCAGGAUGAGGAUGAAGAGGAGUCCCCCGCUAGCUUCGAUAUCGACUUUCCAAGUAGUCAUGGUGAUGGACUCCGGAAAAGAGCCGGCCAAUCCGACGCACCAAAAUCGGAAGAGGAGGAGGAGGAUGACGAAGAGGAUGAUGCACAGUUCAGGCUGGCGGAGAGACAGCAGGACAAGGCCUGGUGGUCGGUGAACAAGUGCAUAGCGGCUGGUCUCAUUCUGCUCUUCUUAGGCUCCCUCUUCCUGUCUGGUGACUUGGACUCCUCUGGCGAGUUGGAUGAUGAACAAAGCCAGGACUUGCCGAGCAAUCAUUCGCAGGAAAUGGUGGCACUUUUGGAUAAACUAACACAGGAAAACCAACAUAUCGCUCUGCUUGAGGCUAAACUGCAAUCUCAGAAAAAGGUGCUUGACGCGGCGGUGGCCCUGAGCAUUGAUAGCCAGGAGAAAGAAGAUCUGGAAAAGGAAAACGUGCAGCUACGGGAGGAGUUGUCGUCUUUACCCAACUUGAAGAAAGAGCUGGAAAGUCUGAGGGUUAUGGUGACUGAACUCAGCCAUCUUGCAGCUGACUCAGAAUCCAGAACCAAGCCAACACCUUCCAUCCCCGCCCCGGCUAAACCUGAGAGGGAGAUGAAGGAGGAGCUGCAGAAGCAGAAGAUUCUCCUGGAGGAAAGCAAGAAGCGGCUGCAAGGGAUGAAAAAAGACGGCGGCCACAGGAGGCCAGUGAGGGAUAACCUGGAGGAGAUCCAGAGGAAGCUCUCGGAGCAGGUAGAGCAUUGGGGCAAGAGGAGGGCGCAGAAGCCCAAAAUGAAAGGCAGGGAAAAGGAGGACAAAGAUGGAGGAAAGAGGGCUAAGGAAAGUAGGAAGGAGAAAGAGUGGAAAAUGGACAAAGAUGGGAGGAAAGAGGAGUGGAAGUCUCCAAAGCACAACUCUCAUAAGGAAUCCUGGCGGAAGAACCAGGACGAGUGGGAGACCAAGAAGCACGAGCGCCGCCAGGACAGAGAGGAGCGCAGGAAGGAGAAACCUUGGCACAAGACUUCCCAGCAACAUUCCCACAAGCCUCAUCGCACCCACGCAGGCGACUUCUGGUUGGAGCAGGCGCAGAAGCUGAAACGCAACAUCCGCCCCCGCCCGUCCUGCACCUCCGUGGAGGACUGCGCCGCCAAGGAGGGCCUCUACCCGGUGGAGCUCCCCGAGUUCGACGAGCUGCUGGACGGCUACCUGAGCAAGCUGGAGGGCACGCCGCCGCACAGCAAGGACGCCGUCCGGAGGCUGGCCUCCGACUUCUUUGCGGACGGCGUCUUCAUGCACGACCGCGUGCUGUUCGCCGACUUCGCGGAGGACGUGGCGGACAUCCUGGAGGACAUGGUGGACGUGGUGGAGGACGGCAGGCGCAGGGGCGACGACUCCCUGGAGGAGGAGAUGGAGGAGUUUGAGAGGGAGGCCCUGUGGAAGUUUGCCGCCACGUUCUGAGCCGCACAUAAGACGCAGCACCGGGGGACAUUUUGAGAGCUGUAAUUGUAGUCCACACACAUCCUUCUCAGCUUUAAUCGCUUGUUCUCAUGUUGGACCUCUUCAUGUCCUUCGCUAAUCUGCUGUGGACUUGUUUUACACCCUCUUCUUUUCUUCCUGCUGCCGCUUACUUUGACUGCAUGUCAUCAAAUCAGGACGCAUUCUUGGGGAGGCCAUCAAAAAUUUAAAAGGCGUGUGAUGUUCAGGUGGUGUGGGAAAGUAGCCUGCCAGGAGUGAGGCAGGGGUAACCGCCCUAUCCCGGUGUAUCCAAUACCCGUUUUCGCUUUACGUUGAACUGGUUUGGCCGGUUUUGGGAGGCAAGCUUUUUAUUACAUGUGUGCAAACACAAGUGCAGAUUAAAGAGAGCUGCAUUUGAUGGGUUUGACAUGUGGUAGACCCUUUGCAAACAUGUGGUCUACAACUACUACAGGAAAUAGUAGUGACUUUUCUUUUAUUAUUAUUCAAAUUAUUUCAAUAUCCUGUGAACAAAAGUAUUGGGACACAGGCAGUGUAAAGCUGGCAACACAAGUAAAUAUGUAUUUUUUUCUAUAUUUAAGUUUCAAUUUGAGAAAUUAAAAAAACUUCCCUCAAAGGUUUGAUUAAAAAAGAUACAAUUAAGAGGGUUGUCCCAAUACUUUUGUCUGUAUAGUGUUCGAUCUGGCUUUCAGUUGCGUGCAAGUAAUGUAGUUGUUGGUUUGUGGAGCAACUGCUUUUUUUUAUUGAAGUUACAAAUUGAGGUUUUGAAGUACUUUUAUUUAUUGCCCUGCCAUUUUUUUUUUUUGUGGAAAGUAUUAUGGUUGCAAAUGUGAAUGUGUUGAAUUUUAGGUUGAAAAGUCGGCCAGCAUCUGCUUAUGUGCCUUUUGUUGCUCAAAGAAAAUGUUAACGGUACUGUACUGCUGAAAAAGUAUUUGAUGGGGAUGAAUGUCACAGGUUUCAUUGUUUCAUUUUAAUUUAGACCAAAGAGAUUUUUGAAGUGUUUUAACAGAUGCUUAUUACUUGCGAGUAAUUUAGUAUUUGAGAGGUUUUGACAAUAUUGAGCUUUUUUGUGUGUUUCCUGAUAGUAAGAAGUGUUAUUUUUCUUGCACGAGUGGCUUCAGUCCCUUACCGAUUUCUGCCCAUUAAGUUCAAUAAAUUGUCACCAUAAAACAA